GUGUUUUUUCCCAACUUCAACGAGGAAUUUAUCUCCGGACCGUUUUUAAAGUUCAAAGGCGCCGAGCUUCGAUUUUCCCGAAUUUUCUUUUUUUGGUUUCCUCCUUUCGGCCAAAUCGAGUUUCUUUAAUUUCGUUUCAGAAAUCUAAAAAAGAGGCCCGCGACACUUUUUCUACUGGCACCUUCACCUUUUCCACCUUUCACCUUCGCCUUGACUCUCCUACUGGUGACUCGCCUUUUUUCCUCCUUUCACCACAAACUCACGAUUCCGCUCUUGCGCACUCUUUGCCAGCGCCAACCUAAACAUUCUCAACUCUCAACUGCGUCAUCUCGCUUCCUCCGAUCACCCGCGAUCUUUGAUCUCCUGCACCCCGCGCUUUCUGCAUCUCCGCCAACUUUCCACAACUUCCUCCACAAUGUACUCUUGCGCAAACUAUCCCCGCGGCUGCCGAGGUCGUGUCAACCGCCAGGGCGCCAAGUGCUCUGACUGUGUCACACUCAACCUCCGCCGUCCAGCAUCUGCCUCUCCAUUCGCACAGCCCCGUGACUACAAACGAGUUUUGCCCUCGGAGCGACUGAGCGACUCCGCCUUCAAGGUGUCAGACCUUGAGCUGUAAGGUGCUAAAGCCCUUAUUCCGGAACGGUCCGGCAACGAAACAAGAAACAAAAAAAGUUCCAGAGCUACCAAUAUGGUGCCGCCUGGAUGCCAUCUUGACAGGCUGGGCCUGGUUCCCGUGAAUAUGAACAUGAUUCUAUGAUAUUCACCGGGUGAAAGGAUGGAAGCCGGACCGAUUCUCACGUUUUCCUCUCCGUCUCAUAUGCAUCGCCGGGAGUUUGAUUAUGGAUUACACCACGAUGGCGGCUAUCUCUUUUUCUCGCGUUGGCUUUCUUUCCAUUUUUUUCGCGCUUGUCACUGCACCAGCUGCAGAGGUUCUUGACUAGCUUGGCUCUGUUCUGCUGAGUACGGCCCAGGCCCGACUUUACCACCUUUUGGAUUUGUUCCUAUGGAAACCCUCUUUGACGAUGAUUCCGUCCGGCAUCUACUUGCAGGGAUGAGCGCAUUCUCGGGUUCCACUCGCUUAUAUCAUUUUAUUCUCCGUCUGGGUUCCACACAAGACCCAGGCGGGUCUUUUUCGCAUGGAGGAUAGAACAUUGCAUGAUACGCAUAACCGAUACACCAAAUACCCCCCAAUCCGACACGACACGGAUUCGGGACCUGAACUCAUGGAUCUGCCACUGGCGGGCAGUGGCGCAGAUGGGGCUCUGAUAUCAUAUCAGUCGAUCGGCGAUCGACCGCCCUCGUUUUUUGAUCGACCGUCUUUCUUUUUUUAAACUGCAGUGCUGUUUUCCUUGCGCAUACGUCUUUUCCUAUGUCGCUGGUUCGAGAUCAGUUUCACUUGCGUUUUCUUUUUUCUUUUUCCAUUUUUCUGUCUUCGACUUGUCACUUUCGUGACUGUUUCUGCGAUGCCAUACCCCCCUGUUGUUACUUGUGUUUUAAUGCUUUUUAAUCUUCGGGAUGACUGGGUAGAAACGGUCUAUGAUCGUUCUGAUUCCCGGUCUUCCUUGGAGUAGCUCUUUACCCUUAGUUAGAUACCUCACUGCAUUGAUAUCACGGC